CCCUAUAAAAUUCUUCCAAAAUUUUUAUUAAUCCCAAAAAAAUUAGAAGACCAAUCAAUUUCAUGGCCGUUUCCUUGCUACCAAGUACAAGCAAACCCUAGAAUAUCCUCGCACCUUAGUAGGAAUAAAAUCUAGGGAUUGUUAUUUUUUUUCCCUUAAAAAACCGCCAUUAUCAGCAUCUUUCACCUGAUCGUGAGAAUCCAAUAGAAGGACAUUACAUUGACGGACGGAUACAUCGAGACCCCGUUUCUAGUAUUUGGAAUAAAGGAAAGAAUAUAUCGUGCUCCCAUCUGGGUCUGCUUCGUUACUUCAUAAGCCCUUUGUCUUACCUGAUGGAAUCCUCUCUUCUUAAAUUCCAGAAGGAAAUCUUCGUGAUGGAUAGUGGGAAGAAGGAUAUCACAAUUCAAGGCCCACUUGUGUGCCGCCACUUGGCAUCAAAUUCUAUUCCGGAGGACUUGAAUUGGGAGCUGAACUGGAGCCUCACAUUUGGAAUAAUCAGAUCCUGGCCUAAUCUUGACCUGAGGUUUUGCUUCCAAAGGGCUCAACUGUGGCCAAAUGGAUUCAAGAAAAUCCAUAGAUGAUCAGUUCUCCAAGUUGCAUCCAUGUCUGCCUGUGAGAACAAGAAUUGGCAUAAUCGGUGCUGGACCAAGUGGUUUAGCUGCUGCUUACGCUCUUGCUAAGCUUGGCUAUAGUAAUGUAUGUGUUCUUGAGAAACAUCAUACAGUUGCAGGAAUGUGCGAGUCAGUUGAUAUUGGAGGAAGGGUUUAUGAUUUGGGCGGUCAAGUAAUUGCCGCAAACAGUGCUCCCACUAUAACUCACUUAGCAAAUGAAAUUGGGGCAGAAUUCGAAGAGAUGGAUGCACACAAGCUAGCUCUUAUUGAUAGAUGCACUGGGAAUUAUAAAGACUUACAAGUAGCUGAUGAUUAUGUUUCUCUCAUUUCCCUCACCUUAAAACUACAGGAUGAAGCAAAUAAAUCUGGUAAAAUCGGAAUUCAUGCACUCAGUAAUGCUGCUUCAGAUCCAACUCUUGAUUUUGUCAAGCUCCACGGUUUGAAAUCUGUGCCAAAAUCAGUGGCAUACGGAUACACAGCCUCUGGUUAUGGAUUUGUUCAAGACAUGCCAUAUGCAUAUAUCCAUGAGUUUACACGCACUUCGAUGGCUGGAAAAAUUCGCCGCCUGAGAGGAGGUUACACAAGCAUGUGGCAAAAGCUUAGCCUUUCUCUACCUUUUGAAGUCCUCUGUAGCACAGAAGUGCUGAAAAUCAGCCGUAUAGCUGAUUGUGUACAUGUAAUGGUUAGGGAUGCUGAUGGUGAAGAGAAACUGAUGGAAUUUGACAAAAUCAUUCUCUCUGGUUCUCUUGCUUUCAGAAAUAGACGGGUUUACAGGUCAUCUUCGACUUUAGAAGUUUUGGAAAAUGAGGUGGUAGAAUUUAAUGGACUUGAAAGGGGGUUAUUUGGCGAGGUUCAAACCAUAGAUUACUAUACCACUGUUCUGAAGGUUAAGGGAUUUGAGCAUUUGCCUAUGGGGUUUUAUUACUUUGAGGAAUUCAUGGAGGAUCCUACAACUAUAGGAAACCCAGUGGCAAUGCAGAGGUUUUAUGCUGAUACUGGUGUUUUCUUGUUCUGGUCUUAUGGUGACUCUGUAAAAAUUCGGGGACCAAUGGUAACCAAGCUUGUGAUUGAUGCUGUGGAGUCCAUGGGAGGAGUAGUUGAGGAAGUAGUUUUACAGCGAAGGUUUAAAUACUUCCCGCAUGUUAAUGCUGAAAAUAUGAAAAACGGUUUUUAUGAAAAGUUGGAAUCUGAACUCCAAGGUUUUCAGAAUACUUAUUAUGUAGGAGGUCUUUUAGCCUUUGAGUUGACAGAAAGAAAUUCUUCUUACUCCAUUGCUAUGAUCUGCAAACAUUUUGCAAAUGAUAAUGCUGUGCCAAAGUUCCCAUAUGUCAAGAGAUUGUUUCCUCUGGUCUCCAAUAACAAGCCUCGUUACCCCAGAGAUCUAGGUGAACUCCCAGGAAUAAAGUUUCCAAACCUGCCUUCUUUAGACAGUUACCUAAAGUUUUGGGGAACUAAUGAAAUCACUAAGAAUGCCACUCUCUACACUUGGAUCAACGAGGAAGGGAAGGUUGUAAACAAGAGGUCUUAUGGAGAGGUUCACUCCAAUGCAUCCCUUGUUGCCUAUAAACUCUUAACAAGCAGCAAGCCUGUUCUUAAACCUGGUGAUAGAGUUCUUCUGGUUUAUCUCCCUGGUUUGGAGUUUGUUGAUGCCUUCUUUGGGUGCCUGAGGGCUAGAAUUAUUCCAGUCCCUGUGUUACCCCCUGAUCCACUGCAAAGAGGUGGCCAAGCACUACUGAAGAUCGAAAACAUUUCAAGAAGUUGCAAUGCUGUGGCAAUUCUAUCGACAUCUUCUUACCAUGCAGCCGUUCGUGCUGGCUUUGUGAAGAGCAUGAUAAUGCUUUCAAAGAGCAACCAGAAGUCUUCUGCUCAGUGGCCUGAUCUUCCCUGGAUCCAUUCUGAUUCAUGGGUCAAGAAUUUUAAAGACCUUGCAGUUGACUCCAAAGAAAACCUCUCAGAUCUGCAGGCAAAUGAUUUGAGUUUCCUUCAGUUUACAUCUGGCUCGACUGGCGAAGCGAAGGGGGUGAUGAUCACCCAUGGUGGGCUUAUCCAUAAUGUUAAGAUGAUGCGGAGGAUAUAUAGGAGCACUUCCAGAACUGUAUUAGUCAGCUGGCUUCCUCAAUAUCAUGACAUGGGAUUGAUAGGAGGCCUUUUCACAGCUUUAGUGAGUGGAGGGACUGCAGUUCUCUUCUCCCCGAUGACAUUUAUCAGGAAUCCUCUCAUCUGGCUUAAGACUAUGAGUGAUUAUCAAGCAACCCACAGUGCCGGUCCAAACUUCGCUUUCGAGCUAGUGCUUAGAAGAUUGGAGGCAGACAACGGGAAGGAUAAACCCCGAACCUAUGAUCUUUCUUCAAUAAUUUUUCUUAUGGUUGCAGCGGAACCAGUUAGACAGAAAACCCUGAAAAGGUUAAUUGAGAUUACCCGUCCUUUUGGUCUAUCUCAGGAGGUGCUAGCUCCUGGUUAUGGUCUCGCAGAAAACUGCGUGUUUGUAAGCUGUGCUUUUGGUGAAGGGAGGCCAAUCUUCAUAGAUUGGCAAGGUCGUGUUUGCUGUGGAUAUGUGAAUCCAGGUGACCCUGAUGUUGAAAUAAGAAUUGUCGAGGCAGAAACCGAUAGAGAGCUCGAGGAUCACGGAAAAGAGGGAGAGAUUUGGGUAAGUAGCCCCAGUGCUGGAAUUGGGUAUUGGGGCAAUGAAGUACAGAGCCAAAAGACGUUCUACAACAAGCUUCAGAACUGCGCUGACAAAAAGUUCACAAGAACAGGAGACCUAGGGAGGAUUAUUGAUGGAAAGCUGUUCAUUACUGGAAGAAUAAAGGAUCUCAUUAUUGUUGGAGGACGAAAUAUAUACUCUGCUGAUGUAGAAAAAACUGUUGAAAAUUCUUCGGAAUUGCUUCGUCCAGGUUGUUGUGCUGUGAUUGGUGUCCCAGAGGAAGUUCUGUCUUCAAAGGGAAUAACUUUUCCAGACGCUUCAGAUGAAGUUGGUCUAGUUGUGAUUGCUGAGGUUAGGGAGGGGAAGCCAGUAAACAAGGACGUUGUCGAGCAAAUCAAGACAAAGGUAGCUGAAGAGCAUGGUAUUUCUGUAGCUUCUGUGAAGCUGAUCAAGCCCAAAACUAUCUGCAAGACAACUUCAGGGAAGAUCAGGAGGUUUGAAUGCUUAAAACAGUUUGUUGACGGGACACUGGCCAUGGCAGCUGAUCCAGCUUCAGCUAAAAAGUCUCUUUUUCGAUCUUUCACUACAGGUAGCCACAGAGAUAGAAGGGAAUUACGGCUGAUACACAACAGAACUCCUUCCCAUUCUAUUGAACCGGUUAAUUCUGAAAAGGAUAUGAAGGAGAUCACUGAUUUCUUGAGAGAUUUAGUGUCAGCGCAAACAGGCAUUUCCAUUGAGAAGAUAUCAGCAACAGAAAGCCUUGUCUCCUACGGAAUUGAUUCGAUUGGAGUUGUUAGAGCAGCUCAGAAGCUGUCAGAUUAUCUUGGUGUUCCAGUUGGUGCAGUCGAUAUCUUUACAGCAACUUGCAUUUCAGAUUUAGCUAGCUUUUCUCAGAAUCUGCUGAAAAAGUCUAAGCCUCAGUAUGCUACUUUGCUAGAAGUUAAUAAAGAUUUGGAUUUUGUCCUACCAAAUAUUGAGAAGACUGGAUUACAGAAAUUGGGUAUGGGAGCUCUCCAACUUCUUGCACUUAUUUAUGCUUCUUCCCUCUUAAUUGUUCCUGCAUAUCUUUCGAGUAAUAUGCAAUUGAACUUGGUCUCUGUAACGUCUACAGAAACUAAUCUACUACCGAUGUACAUAUUUUCUUUUUUCCUUGCUCCUUUUGCUUGGAUUUUCUAUGUCAUCCUCACUUGCAUUUCUCUAUCCCUAUUUGGAAAACCUUUCUUGCAACCAAAUUAUAUUUUAACCCCAGAGGUCUCUAUAUGGUCUGUUGAUUUCGUGAAGUGGUGGGCACUCAACAAAGCUCAAGAAGCUGCAGGGAAAAUGUUGGCUGUCCAUCUACGUGGAACAGUAUUUUUGAAGCACUGGUUUGAGAUGCAGGGAGCUCAGAUAGGCCGAUCAGUCUUAAUCGACACCAUUGAUAUCAUGGAUCCCUCACUAGUUUCAAUUGGAGAAGGGGCUGUAAUUGCAGAAGGGGUGUUGAUUCAGAGCCAUGAAGUGAGAAAUGGGGUCUUAAGCUUCCUCCCGGUUAAGAUUGGUCGUAAUGCAUCAGUUGGACCUUACGCUGUCCUUCAGAAAGGGAGCUUGGUGGGAGAAAAUUCUGAAGUCCAGCCUCUCCAGAAGAUAGUGGAAGGAAACCCUGUUCAAAAAUCUGGAAAUGCUGCUAAAAUUCAACAGAAAGAUACACUGAUUGAGUACCUUUCACCAUUCUACCAGUUCAUGGGCAUUUAUGGAGUCGGUCUCCUCAGUGCUCUUUCUGGUGCUAUUCUUUAUUUGUUGUAUAUCUUCUGGUUCCAAAGUCCUCUAUCACUACACCACUUUACAUUUGUAUGCCUUGCAUCUGUCUUCCACUGGUUACCAGCCACUCUUGCUGCAUAUGCUGCUAUCAUUAAAGAUGUGCCGUCAUACCCAUUGGUGUUUGCUUUCUACUUUGCUUUUGCGUACAUCACCCAUGGCUUCAUUCUCAGUCUUCUCACUGCUAUUUCAAGUCAAUUUCUUGCUGGAAAACAUGGAACUGAGCAAACCCAUUUCAGAACAUGGUUCCGCCAACGCAUUAACAUUUCUUGCCAUCUUAGAUUUGCCAGGCUCCUCUCGGGGACUGAAGCCUUUUGUAUGUAUUUAAGAUUAUUUGGGGCCAAAAUCGGUCGUCAUUGUUCUAUUCGAGCCAUCAAUCCGGUUGCCAACCUCGAACAGAUCUCCAUUGGUGAUGGCGUCCACCUGGGUGAUUUUAGCUGCAUUGUGCCUGGAUUUUAUUCCUCAGCAGGGUUCACCAGUGGAGAAAUUGUGGUCAACAGGAAUUCAGUGGUUGGAAGUCAAAGUCUCAUUCUCCCUGGCUCAGUAAUUCAAGAAGAUGUUGUCCUUGGCGCUCUUUCAAUCGCACCCAUGAACUCUGUUCUCGUUAGGGGCGGCAUCUAUGUAGGUUCUGAGACCCCCACUAUGGUUAAGAACAUGUUGGUUGCUUCAGACAAAAGGAUUGAUGAAAUGGACACCCAAUAUAAGAAAAUUCUUGGAAAUCUUGCUGGAAAUUUAGCCAUCACAACCAUGAAGGUCAACUCAAGGUAUUUCCACCGAAUGGGUGUGGGUGGUAGGGGAGUUCUUAAGAUUUAUUCUGAUCUUCCUGGAGUUCCCACUCACAAGAUUUUUCGUGCUGGCAAGUGCCACAAUGUUACUAUCCGGCAUAGCAACAGUUUGAGUGCUGAUGAUGAUGCUAGGAUUGAUGCUCGAGGCGCUGCUCUGAGAAUUCUACAGGACGAGUCAUUAACACCACUUCUUGACCUGACUCUUAAGACGGGAAAAGCAUUCUAUGCAAGAACUAUUGCAGAGUUCGCCGCUUGGCUGGUUUGUGGCCUCCCUGCAAGGGAACAACAGGUGAAGAGAGCUCCACACAUCCGUGAUGCUGUCUGGGGAUCACUGAGAAAUGCCGACUCGUACACAGAAUUGCAUUACUACUCUAACUUCUGCCGACUUCUUCGUUUUGAUGAUGGUAAGGAAAUGUACGUGAAAUUUAAACUUCGCCCUUUUGAUUCGAGAAUCAGUGAGGAUGCUGGUAAGGUGGAGCCUAAGGGAAUACUUCCCCCAGAAACCGGUGCAAUUCCCAGGGAAGAAAAUGACACGCGUCCUCUUCUGUUCCUUGCUGAUGACUUUCGCCGACGUGUGGAUUCUCCUGAUGGAGUUCGCUAUGUUUUCCAGCUACAGAUCAGGCCUUAUGUGUCAUCUGACAAAUCCGAUCAAGAAGUGGCUCUAGAUUGCACAAGGCCAUGGGAUGAAAUGGAGUUCCCUUGCAUGGACAUUGGUGAAAUAAUCAUCAACGAGAAUCUUUCUGCUGAAGAAACAGAGGAACUCGAGUUCAACCCAUUCCUCAAGUGUCCUGAGGUUGAUGUUAUACCAGCUACAUCUUGCACUGAGAGCGCAUCAAUUGAUCAUGGUCGCUCACUCGUGUAUGAAAUCUGCCAGCACAUCCGCAAUAGAGUGCCACUUCCAGCAUCAUGGCGAGGAUUCCUUGAGCAGUCUGAUGCCAAGGUGGAUCUCUCUGGUUGUCCAAUGGCUGCAGCUGUGUUGACAGAGAACAAAAGUGACGGUCGCAAAUUGACACUGGCCAGAAAUUGGUAUCAAACUCUCUGGGCUACACUUUGCCAGCCAUUGCUUCAGACGUUUGUGCCAUACUUUACCCUCUGUUUGGUGAUCUUUCUGCCGCUGAAAUGGAUGCUAUUGCUAAAGGAAGAAAAGAAGCUUCCACUACACUGGAUGCUGCCUUUCUUCUGGGUCUGUUCAGGAAUCAUGGCUUCUCUAGUCUGUGUCGUGAUGAAAUGGAUUCUUGUGGGGAGGAAGAAAGGUGGUCAGUCAGUGCAAAUGUGGAGCUUUGGAGUCUUCAUGGACACGGUUUGGCAAGCUUUGAGGAGUUUGGUCGGCGAGUUCUUCAUGGAGAUGACAUGUGGUUCACUUCUGUUUGUUUCGUGGAUGAAGCUGAUGGGCGCAAAUGUGGGUAUUGGAGAGGGAGUGUAUAUAAAUAGUAUGGGGGCAAUGUUGAACCCAGAGAUGGUGGAUAUUGAGAGGUUUGGGUCUGUAGAGAGGCAAGCGAUUCUCUUUGGACACAUUUAUGAAGGAGGAGGGAGAGUGAAAUUUGGGAAGAUUAUGGUUGAGGAGGGAGGUUUUAUUGGGAGUAGGGCUGUGGUUAUGCCCGGUGUGAGGGUGGAGAAUGGAGGAGACCUUGGUGCUCUCUCACUUGCAAUGAAGGAAGAAGUUGUGAGGUCUAGGUGAAAAGCUUGGCUCUCUGUUUUGGCUAGUUGCAGAAGUAACCUAGAAAAAUCUAAUAUAUAUUGAUGAAUAAAAUUGUUCAGUCAAAUGAAUAAUUCAGGUAUGAAAGUGCCUUUUCUCCAGUGUCUCAUAUUA